AUGGAUUCAGACGCACCAGAGAAGACAAUUCGGCUGACACGAAGCGAAAUCACAGACACUAGCUCUCCAAGCAUACCAACGAGUGACGAAUUUGGCCACCUCCCCGACCAAGAAGCAGAUAUUCUGAGGCAGCAGGUCUCCUCGAUUGGCCAAAGAGUUGGCGUCACCACUCUUUUCCGAUAUGCGUCCUCCUUCGAUAUUGUCCUCCUUUCGCUCAGCGCUAUAUCUUCAAUACUGGGUGGCGCAGCUCUGCCACUGAUGACUCUGCUCUUUGGAAACUUCCAGGGGACCAUCCAGGGUUAUUUUCUUGGAAGAGCUUCCUAUCAGGAGUAUAUCCAGGAGAUGACCUCGAUUGCCAUGUAUUUUGUGUAUCUGGCGAUCGGCGAGUUCGCCCUCGUUUACAUAGGCACAACUGGCUUCAUCUACUCUGGAGAGCGCAUAAGCAACCAAAUUCGCGAGCAUUAUCUAGAGAGCUGCCUGCGGCAGAAUAUUGCCUAUUUCGACACUAAGAUGUCUAGUGGUGAGAUCACAACUUCCAUAACUACUGAUAUCAACCAAAUCAAGGCUGGAAUUUCCGAGAAACUUGGAAUCACCCUUGCCGCCGUUGCCACCUUUAUCUCCGCGUUCGCUAUCGGGUUUGCCGCCUACUGGAAGCUCACUUUGGUCGUUUGCUCAUCAGUGUUUGUUCUUCUUGCAAUCAUGGGCAUCGCAUCGUCCUUCAUCACCACGAAUGCUAUCCAGCUGUUCCUCACUUCAUCUUCGGCAGGGAGCCUGGCCGGAGAGAUUCUUGGAUCUGUCCGCACUGCUGUUGCAUUUGGGAAUGAAGAGCGCCUCGCAACACAGUAUGAUGGGUAUUUGAAGGAAGCUGAGAAGUACGGCUUCAAGGUAAAAGCUAUCACUGGCGUGAUGGUCGCUGGGAUGAUGCUCGUCCUUUACCUGAAUUACGCCUUGUCAUUCUGGGCAGGGAGUAUAUUCCUGAUCAACGGACAGACAUCGCUCUCGAAGAUAUUAACGGUGAUGAUGGCGAUCAUGAUGGGCGCCUUCGACAUCGGUCAUGUCGCGGCACAUGUCCAGGCCAUCACGAUGGCUUUGGGGUCGGCCAAGAAGAUCUUCGACACCAUCGACAGGGUGGCGCCACCGUCUCUUGAUCCGACUGCAAACACAGGCGAGAAAAUCGAUCAGAUUCAAGGCGCGAUUCGCUUUGAAAGUAUUAAACACAUCUAUCCAUCACGGCCCGACGUUGUAGUGUUGAACGACUUCACUCUCGACAUCCCAGUGGGGAAGAUGACGGCCAUUGUGGGCGCAUCAGGGUCAGGAAAGAGUACCCUGGUCGGCUUGCUAGCGAGGUUCUACAUUCCUGUUCGAGGCAGAAUUUACCUGGACGGACGAGACACCAGCACUCUUAGUCUUCCAUGGCUGCGCGAGAACAUCGGACUAGUGGGGCAAAACCCGACACUUUUCAACGAGACCAUAUAUAACAACAUCCUGUACGGAUUGUCCACAUCUGCACUUCCCAGCGAAAGCGCGGAGAGGCAACAGGAAUUGGUGAUCAACGCAGCCAAGACGGCCAACGCACAUAACUUCAUUUCGGAACUUCCUCGGGGUUAUCACACCGUCGUCGGUGAAAGGGGGUUUCUCCUUUCCGGAGGCCAGAAACAAAGAAUUUGCAUAGCCCGGGCCAUCAUUUUGGACUCAAAAAUCCUUGUACUUGAUGAAGCGACUAGUGCCCUCGACUCUGAAUCGGAAAAGGCGGUCCAAAUAGGCCUCAACCAAGCGAGCGCAGGGCGCACAGUCAUCGUAGUGGCCCAUCGCUUGUCAACUAUUCAGGAUGCCGACCAGAUUGUUGUGCUUUCUCAAGGAUGCAUCGUGGAGCAGGGGGUUCAUGAGGAGCUGCUCUCGAAACGCGGCGCCUACUUCAAGCUUUUUAAUACUCAAAGAAUCGCUGCUGCACUUUCGUCUGCGGAAGUCAAUCAAUCCGAUGGCAAAGGAGCACGACCCUUGCACGACUCAUCGACGGCAUCUACUGGAGCUGGAGAGAAGGAUAUUGUGGAGAAGAUGUCAAAGACACACACCGGACGAGAUGAAAAGUCUCGGCGUGAUUCCCCAGAACCUGGAAACGAGACUAAAUACGGGCUGUGGACCUCGAUCAAGUUUAUUGCUUCGCUCAACAAGCAAGAACAGAUGCUUAUGCUGUUGGGACUCUUCUUCGCGGCCAUUUGCGGCGCUGGCAAUCCAGUGCAGGCAGUCUUCUUCGCUAAGGAAAUAACGGUGCUCAGUCAGCCUCUUACAUCAGAAAGUUCUGGCGAAAUUAAGACGCGCAGCGACUUUUGGAGCCUCAUGUAUUUGGUGUUAGCCAUCGUCCAGUUCAUCGCCUUCACCAUUCAAGGAUUGGUGUUUGCGAGGUGUUCCGAGAGAUUGAUUCAGCGGGUCCGCGACAUGACGUUUCGACACAUACUCCGCCAGGACAUAGCCUUUUUCGACAAUACGAACGUAGGCACCCUGACAUCACUCUUGUCCACCGAAACGGCCAACGUCGCAGGCCUCAGUGGAGCAACGCUCGGCACUCUGCUCACAGUAAGCACGACUCUGAUCGGAGCCGCGGCAUUGGGUCUAGCCCUUCAGUGGAACUUGUCACUCGUCAUCGCCUCGACGAUUCCCGUGCUCCUGGCCUGUGGAUACCUUCGUUUUCAUAUGCUCGCCAGAUUCUCCAAACACUCACAGACGUCAUUCUCCGAGUCAGCUGCACUGGCGUCCGAGACUAUUACUGCUCUGCCCACGAUCGCUGCUCUUGUCAGGGAAGACGAGGCGCUGAACGAGUACCGACGGAUGAUCAGGGUCCAACAGGCGAGAAGCCUGGUCUCGACGCUGCAGUCCAGCGCCUUAUAUGCCGCUUCCCAGUCGGCCUUCUUUCUCGUCUUCGCUCUUGGCUUCUGGUACGGUGGUACGCUCCUCGCCAGGCACGAGAUUGAUCAGUUUCAAUUUUUUGCUUGCUUCUCCGCCAUCGUGUUUGGUGCCCAGUCUGCCGGAACAUUCUUUUCUUAUGCCCGUGAGAUGGGGAAUGCGCAUAGCUCCACCAGUCGCCUGAAGAGCUUGUUCGAUAGGAGACCGACUAUCGACACUUGGUCACAUAGUGGCGAGGCCAUUGACAGCAGCUCCUGCGCGGGUACUAUCGAAUUUCGAGACGUCAAGUUCAGGUAUCCGGAGCGGCUCGACCAACCAGUUCUGAGGGGCCUUAAUUUGAAAAUCUCAGCUGGACAGUACAUAGGUCUAGUCGGAGCUUCAGGCAGUGGCAAGAGUACCAUUAUUGCCAUGCUGGAGCGGUUUUAUGACCCAGACGCCGGAACCAUCCUUCUCGACGGUCGAGAUAUCCGCACCCUGAACUUGAAUCAGUAUCGCAGUAUCAUCUCUCUCGUCUCCCAAGAACCAGUGCUAUACCAAGGCACUAUCAAAGACAAUAUCCUUUUGGGGAUGCCGAACUCGGACGAGAUCAACACCGAAACGAUCGAGAAAGCGUGCGUCGAGGCAAGUAUCCACAACUUCAUCGUGUCCCUCCCAGAUGGUUUGGACACAAACGUUGGGAACAGUGGUGUCCUGCUCUCGGGAGGCCAAAAGCAGCGCAUCGCUCUCGCCCGUGCUCUGAUCCGCAAGCCAAGGCUGCUUUUGCUGGACGAGGCCACGUCCUCGCUCGACUCGGAGUCGGAGAGCGUAGUGCAAGACGCUCUGGACCGGGCAGCUAGGGGUGGCCGGACGACUAUAGCUGUGGCACAUCGACUCAGUACGGUGCGGAACGCGGAUACAAUAUAUGUCCUGGACAAUGGAGGGAUCGCAGAGAUGGGUACCCAUGACGAGCUCAUGCGAAUGGAGGGGCGGUAUGCGCAGAUGAUUAGACACCAGUCCACAGACACCAGUCUCUGA